AUGAAAAAGAUUGCCGAUCAAGUUAAUGAGGAAAAAAGAAAAGCAGAAAACAUACAAGUCAUGGAGGAGCUAAGAGGCAGCGUACAGAACUGGGGGAUGGGGUAUUCCGUUGAUAGCUUUAAGCCUCUCCAGCUUUAUGGCACGCUUCCGGUAAAGUUUGACACAAGCACAGAGGAGAAGCAAAUGCAUGUGUUUGUGUUUGAAAAGGCGUUGUUGCUGGGAAAGUCUUCCAAUAAGCAAGCGGGGGUGUUGAGUUCAAGCAACUUGUCCAUCAUCGAGUGCAUUGAAAAGAACUUUGUCACAAAUAUUCAAAACGACUCAAAAGAUGAUAAUCUCCAAUUGAAAAUAUACUGGCAUGCCGAGAAAAUACGCUGGCUUUCUCUCUCUUUCAUCAACGAGGAGGUUUUCAAAAAAUGGUAUCUUUCGUUGAUCAGAUUGACGAGCCAGCAUGAUGAGCACCACAAAAGUGUCCAAAAUACUUCUGCCGCCGUUGCCACGGCUGCGGAUUUGAAACCCUCAAACAAACUAGCAAGGGAAACUAUCAGCCAAGAAAAAGCCACACGUCGGAAAUCCAAGUUAAAGAAACUUUUAGGAUCUCCCAACAUCAAAAGCUCAUCCCAAAUCAUAACUGAUGAGUAUUCUCUGGAGGAGAGGGAAACUCCCUCUAGUCGCCUUCCUUCAAUUGAAUCAGUCAUGAACCCUCCUCAACAGCGACUGGUCAAGAUUAUUACAUCCACUUUCGCCAAGUUGGCUGUUCUGCCGUCAGAUGACGACUUUGAGGUUUUGAAAGAGUUUCUUUCGUCAGCAUUUUCCACCAGUUCCAAGCAAUUUUCCAUCUUUUACAGAGACAGGCAAAAAGAUGCCUUACUGCUCGAAUCAGAUGCGGAUCUUGAGCUUGCCUGCAAAGACUGGUUUGAAAGCGACCGGCUUGAGGGUGCAUUUCCGCUUAUUUUGAAAAGCGACGAUGAGGAGCCAAAUCGAUGA